AUGAUGAGGGCAGAUCAAGACCCACAUUUUGUAUUACUGUUAGUUGCUAUAGCUAUUCCUUCUGCCAUCAUUGGAGCUGCUAAUGCAGAACACUUGAUUGGUGUGGGAAGCUAUGACAUGACUGGUCCUGCUGCUCAGGCUAACAUGAUGGGCUACGCUAACUUGGUGCAGAAUGCUGCCGGUGUCCAUUUCCGGCUAAGGGCUAGGACUUUCAUCGUUGCAGAAAGUGCGCAAGGUGCACGGUUUGCUUUUGUCAAUCUUGAUGCAGGCAUGGCUUCACAGCUUGUUACUAUUAGAGUGCUUGAAAGACUGAAACCAAGGUUCGGAAAUUUGUAUACCAAAGAAAAUCUGGCAAUCAGUGGCAUUCAUACUCAUGCUGGCCCUGGAGGCUAUCUUCAGUAUCUAAUAUACCACGUUACUUCUCUAGGCUUUGUCCAGCAAUCAUUUGAUGCCAUUGUCAAUGGAAUUGUCCAAAGCAUAAUUCAAGCUCACCAAAACCUUAAGCCCGGAUCAAUUUUCAUCAACACAGGGGAUGUAGAGACUGCAGGAAUAAACAGGAGUCCAAGUGCAUAUCUGCUGAACCCAGCAGAGGAAAGAGCCCGAUACCCAGCUAAUGUUGAUAAAGAAAUGACCCUUCUGAAGUUUGUAGAUAGUGCCACUGGAAUAAGUAUAGGUGCAUUCAGUUGGUAUGCCACUCAUGGAACCUCUAUGAGCAGAGACAAUAAGCUAAUCAGUGGAGACAAUAAGGGAGCUGCUGCUAGGUUCUUUGAGGACUGGUUCACUUCUACUAACAAGCCCAAAUCAGCAUCCUCCAACUCAGGUGCUUGAUUACAUAGAAAGCUUACAACUAGCUAGAACAGUGCUAAUAAUUUUUCAUCUUUUUGGGCUUGCUAAUAUAUUAUUGACACGAUCUUCUUCAUCGAAGUAGAUAUUGAUAAAUUGAUUGAGAAAGCGCAAAAAAUCAGGGCCACAGGAGGACAACCAUGUGGUAAAACAACCAGCCAAGCUUUCAAGGUGAGGAAGAAUGAUGGGUCACGAUUUGUAGGAGCAUUCUGCCAAUCAAAUGUUGGAGAUGUGACCCCAAAUGUGCUAGGGGCAUUUUGCAGUGACAGUGGAAAACCAUGCGACUUCAACCACUCUUCGUGCCAUGGCGAUGUCCGGCUCUGCUUAGGCCGGGGGCCUGGAUAUCCGGAUGAAAUAUUGAGCACAAAGAUCAUAGGAGAGAGGCAAUUCGACAAGGCUGUAGAUUUAUUCAUGUCUGCCUCAGAGAAAUUGAGUGGGAAGAUUGACUAUCGCCAUAUGUACCUAAAUUUUACUGAUCUUGAGGUUGAUUUAGGGGAACAGGGCAAAGCCAAGACUUGUCCUGCUGCCCUUGGCCCAGGGUUUGCGGCUGGGACUACGGACGGGCCUGGCAUGUUUGGGUUUGAACAAGGUGAUACAGAGAUCAACGAGCUCUGGAGACAAGUGAGGGACUUCUUGAAGAAGCCAAGCCAAUAUCAAGAGGACUGCCAGAAACCAAAAAAUGUUUUGCUCUCUACAGGAGAAAUGUUUGAACCUUAUGCAUGGGCGCCUGCUAUUCUGCCAAUCCAAAUACUGAGGCUGGGAAAAUUGAUCAUACUUUCUGUACCAGGAGAGUUUACAACGAUGGCUGGCCGACGUCUAAGGGAAGCAGUUAAGGAGACAUUAAUAAGCAAUGGAGGAGGAGAGUUCGAUGAUGAGACUCACAUUGUAAUAGCAGGCCUCACAAACACCUACUCACAAUAUGUUGCAACUAUUGAAGAAUACGGCCAACAAAGAUAUGAGGCAGCUUCAACGCUCUAUGGUCCUCAUACGCUGUCAGCAUAUAUCCAGGAAUUCAACAGACUAGCAACAGCAAUGGCAAAAGGAGAACAACUUCCUAAAAUAGACUUGUUACCACCAGAUCUUUCCUCUAAGCAACUCAGACUCUUACUUGACCCUUGGAUAGACUCGCCUCCCAAAGGCAUAAAGUUUGGUGAUAUGAAACAAGACGUCACUCAACCCAAAAAUGGCUCGUUCAAGAAGGGAGAUAGGCCAACUGCCACCUUUUGGAGCGGUAAUCCGAGGUUUGACCUAUUAACAGAAGGUACAUUUGCAGUGGUAGAGAUGCUUCAGGGGGAGCGCUGGAUUCCAGUUUAUGAUGAUGACGAUUUUAGCUUGUAUUUCAAGUGGAAAUUGGAUAAUAAAACCUUGUCUAGCUUAGCUAGAGUUGAAUGGGAGGUGCCAAAUGAGGCAAUUUCUGGAGUAUACCGACUAAGGCACUUUGGGUCGUCUAAGAAAACAAACAACUCUCCUGUUGAAUAUUUUACUGGUGCAUCUAGUGCAUUCACAGUGUCUUAAAAGGAACUUGGCA